GUGUGGGGCGUAGCGGGCGGCGAGGGGUCGUUGCGCGCCGCCAUGCCCAAGUACUACGAGGAGAAGGAGGAGGACGGGCGGGCCUGCGGGGGGGUGCGGGAGGACCUGCGGCAGUGCCUGCUGGAGAGCCCCUGCGUGCUGCAGGAGAACAAAAGCCCCAAGCAAUGCUUGAGGGAAGGACACUGUAGAAGUUUGCAAAACACGUUUUUUGCGUGCAAAAGGUCGAUGUUGGAUGCCAGGGCAAGAUUCAGAGGAAAGAAGGGAUACUGAAGUCCUUGUGAGAAAGAGAGCCAGCUGCAGGAAAUCAGGAUUCAUCAGCACAUUAACCAAAACAGAGGCUUAAGUAAGAAGAUUGUAUCUGCUGCAUCCUUUCGUGCAGUAUUUUCAUAGAAGGUAUCUACUGCUGAGAAUUCUGACAGAUUGACCUGGAUGUGCAUUUAAAUGUUAAAAAGAAGGUGUGCAUAAAGCUGCAAGUUCUGGCCAAAAUGGGUACCUGUCAUGCACUUGUAAUAAAAUAUGUAAAAUCAGAAUAAGUUGCAAAAGUUAUCACCGCGUUUUGAAGUUAAAUUUUGGUUAUAUUAACUCUGAUAAUGUUUUACAGUUGCAAAUAAUACAGAAUUACAGACUCGGGACUGGUACUUGACAGGUAUGCCAGAAGAUACCUCAGGACAGAGAUGUUUCUGGAGUUGAUGAGUUGACCAAGGUUAUGAAAUGUGUGUGCAAGCUGCUUCCUUCCCAGUAGGUUUGUUACACAAUAACCCUGCACUAAUAGACAGGAGCGUCAAUGCUUUGCAGUGCCACGUAUACAAGGGUGGCAUCUUUUUCCUUGUGCUACAAAUGCCUUUUAAUAUGAUGUUGGCAUACCUGUUUGUUAGCAUGGUCUAGUUGUCUGAUUGGACAACUAGAUUAAAAUACGGUUUCUCUAAAUUAAAUGUCUUAAUUAAAUGUCUGAUUAAUCUUACAGUAAUCUGAUUUCUCAUUGUAUUGACACAAGUACAACAGAACGAUAGCAUUAUUUUAUUCCGUAACUUGAUUGCUGUAUGCCAGGAUAUGGCUACUUAUAUACUGUUGGAUGGGGGAGGAGGGAGUUCCUGACAGGCCAACAGGUAAGGAGACCAUGGAUGCUGUCACCGUAUUCUAGAAAUAGUUACAACAGUUUUUAAGUUCCUCUGAGAUGAUGCUGGACCAUCCAUUUGCAUUAUUUUUUCAGGCAAGCAUAUAGUACUCAUCCCAACAUACGUAGAAACUAUGAGUGAUGAUUUGGACCUUACUGUUUGUUGGAAAUUGCGUUCCACAAACUGUGAGAAUAUUCCUUGUUUUUGCUUCGUCACUUCUCUGAAUUCUUUGGUUUGCAUUUGUGGGUGUAAAAUGUUCAAAUUGUCAUUCGUGUUCAAUUAAAUUUUAACUAGUUUCUAUUAGAACUUAAACUCACACUUCCUUUAUUUAUUUAUUUUCUUGUGCUCAAGAAAAAUUUCAUGUAACUCCAUAAGUUAUGGAUGCAGUGAAAAAGCAAAUGAAUGGAGGAAAAUGAUGUUUUGCUUUACAUUGAUCAAGGGUGACUGGCAGAUCUGCCUGCAGUAUGGCAGUGUUCUUUCAUAUGUAGGUAACAUCUAUGUUAGUCUCUUGCCACACCUUGGUAAGGAAGCAGGAUUUAUGGGAGUAGCAAACAUUAAAUAACACUUAAACCAUGACUAGUCAAUAUUUGCAACUUUUGUGUAAGAACUUGUUCCUGAAGAACGGGUUUCCUUCCCUCAGUUCCUUCCUUCCUUCCUUCCUUACCUGCCUUUUAUAUAAGAAAUAAGUAAUAAUAUAACUCACAUAGAAACUCAAAUACUUUCAGACAAGCUGAUUAGAAGCAAGAUUAGGAAAGAGUGAGAAGGGAGAAAGCCAUAGUAACUUCUUUUCUUGGCUAAAACUUGCAGCCAUGUAGCUGAUUUGCAUUUAGUCUGAACAGAUGGAUGCAACACUCACUGUUGCAUUUCAUCAAUGAUAAAAUUGAUGACUUCUGUGAAUGAGCAUGUUGAUGAUGUAAUUCUGUCUUAAGCAACUUCUCUGUGAUAAGUCGAAGUGUGUUUAUAUUGCUUGUAUAUGUAGAAUUUGCAUAUUUUUUGCAAUCAAAUCAGCACUGAUGUCACAGUUUCAUUUUCUGAUGAUCAUGUGAAAACUAGUUCAUUUGUUGAAGUGCUGCGAAUGUUCUUUGUUUUCCACAAUCUAGGUACCACAUUAUCUAUAUACAGUAAACUGCUGAAUUGAUGUGA